CCCCAUGAAACGGGAGUGUGUGAAUAUUGGUACAGCUUGUCACUAGUGUCAGCUCUGGUUUGCACUUUUCCGCCUUGUUUAACUGGGAGACUCGCAAACUGAACUUUUUCAAGUAUCUGGGAAAAUUAGUAAGGACUGCGGGCUGAUACAGAACAUUUCUUUACUGCUUGCAUUGACUUUAGUUUCGUCGGUCCGGGAUGGGGGAUGUAGUUUCUACUCACCUUGAUGAACCAAAGCGACAUUAUGUUGCUGAGAAGACUGUAAAGGUUCUAGAAGAGUUUAAGAAAUCCUAUGAACAGCAGUAUAAUGUGGCCCUUUUCAAUAAAAUUCGCUACGAGGUAGAAGGCAGUGGUGGGCCUCAGUCACAGCUUCUGAUCCGGAAGCCGUCAAAGGAGGCGAAGACUAUCUUUUCUGGGAACCUUUUCCAAUAUUUAGAGGAAAACAAGAAAUGGCGGAAUCGCUUCUUUCUCAUUCCAGACAACUACUCAGCUGUGUGUUAUGAAACCAAAGUGCACUAUGAGAGGGGAUUGCACCCAAAGGCAGUCAUCAGCUGUGCAGGCUACAAAGUUCUGACAUCCGUGGAUCAGUACCUGGAGCUUCUCAACACCUGUUUGCCAGGAUUAAAAGUGAAACCUGGCAGUACACCAUUCAUAAAAUAUGCAUCUCAGUUUCCCAUCAUACUGUGGCAUCCCUAUGGUCGCCAUCAUUACUUCUGCGUGUUGACGGAGAAGGAGCAACACAAGUGGGUGGCCGUCUUCCAAGACUGUGUGCGUUACAGUAAUGAUGGGUUGCCAGAAGAGUCAAAAGUGGAGACUCCAGCGUUUACCGAUGCUGUUCGACUGUAUCGCCAAGCCAGAGAUCAGUAUGGCACCUGGGAAAUGCUUUGCGGGAAUCAAGUUCAGAUUCUAAGUAACCUGGUAAUGGAAGAUCUGCAGCCAGAACUGAGAAACAUGAUUAGUCCAAGACUGAAAGGCAAAGUUCAGGAAAGACAGCGGGCCUGGAUACAGAUAUCUGAUGCAGUGUAUAGACUUGUACAAGACCAGAUAAAAAACCAGUACGACAUUCUUGUUCGCCGAUGUGAAGAUGGAAGCACCAACAUGGAAAGUGCUUUCCGCACAGACAUGGACCAAAUUAUCACUUCCAAGGAACAUGUGACAAACAAGAUUAAAGCAUUUGUUCUCCCCAAAUCAGAGGUGUGUGUUCGCAAUCAUGUACAGCCCUACAUCUCUUCUAUCUUGGAAGCCUUGAUGAUCCCAACUAGCCAGGGCUUUGCGGAGGUGCGGGACCUGUUUUUCAAAGAGGUUAUUGAAAUGAACAAGAAUGUGGUCAAUGAAGGAGGAAAGGAGAAGCUUGGAGAGUACAUGGAGAAGCUAUCCCAGCUGGCGUACCACCCUGUGAAGAUGCAGGGCUGCUAUGAGAAAAUGGAUAACUUGCAUCUAGAAGGACUCCAGCAGCGCUUUGAUGUCUCCAGCACUGCAGUGUUCAAGCAGAGAGCCCAAAUCCUCAUGAAAGAGCAAAUGGACAAUGCUGUUUUCACAUUUGAACAGUUACUUCAUCAAGAUUUAGGAAACGCAUCAAGUAAAGAAGAAAUCUGCAAGGCCAUCCAAAGGAUCCAAGACAGAGUGCUGAAGAAAUAUGACUAUGACAGUAGUACUGUACGGAAGAAGUUUUUCCGGGAAGCUCUGCUACAGAUUAUUAUCCCGUUUCUGCUGAAGAAACUGUCCCCAACCUGCAAAUCGGAGCUGCCUAAAUUCCAGGAAUUCAUAUUUGAGGACUUUGCAAAAUGUAUUCUGGUGGAAAAUGUCUUUGAGGAGGUGGUGCUUAUGUCAGUGAUGAAAGAUAUUAAUUCAGCUGUAAAAGAAGCAGCUGUGCAGAGACGACACAACUUGUACAGAGACAGUAUUGUGAUAAACAGUGAUCCUAGCCUGCAGUUGUUAGGAGAAGGCGUGCCAAUUGAUUGGAAUACUGAGUUUAGUGAGCAGGCAGAGCCUGUUAUCCAAGACAAGCGAAAGAGGAUGAAGCAAGUGGUAUCCACCAUUAUACAAGAUGACUUGCCUCUUGCACUUGAGUCCUGCAUUGAUGUUCCAGCUCAUGAGGGUAUUCAGGAAGAGCCUGAUAAGGAGGUAGGUGAAAUGGACAGUGACCUCAAUGCAUGUCCCAAAUCCCCAGACAGUGUCAAUGAGAUUCGUGGCAUGUUAACCAAGGUAGUCACACUGGAGACAAAAGUUCCUACAGACCAGGUUGAUUCCUCUCUUUCAAAUGGUUCCAUUGUCCAAGAAGUUAAAGAAGUUAAGGAAGAAGCAACCAAGGAAGUUAAGGUAGAAGCAAUGCCCCCUGCCAAUGCAGAUGCAAUGGUGUCUUCCCAUUGUCCAGAAAAUAAGGAUGCACACAGUCAAGAUUCACCUGCUGUCAAAGGAGAAGCAUUUACUUCUGUUCAUGUGUCUGCACCAGCGUCAGAAGUCUGGCCAAAAAGUAAGGAUGCACAUGGUCAAGAAGAUUCUCCUAAUGUUCAGGCAGAAAAGGUAUCUCCUGUUCAUUUUCCCAUACCUUCUUUGGAGAGUAGCCAGUCACAUUCUACAGAAAGCAAGGGUGCAAGUGGGCAGGAAGAUUCAGCAGAUUUCCAAUCGAAAGAGUCUGUCCACGUGUUUGCACAAUCAUGGAACGGUAGCUCUCUCCUUCCUCCAGAAAUUGGAGAAGUAGGCACUCGCAAAGUUUCAGAUGUUGUGAUAAACCAGAAGGAAAUUGUGUCAGAAGUCACAGAUUCUGCCUCAGAAGAUAUAAGCACCACCACAGACAAUCAGGAAUGCAGUGUCCCACCAGCUGAAGAAAAUGUAAUGGCCAAUGUUCAGCCAUCUGAACAUGAAAUAAUCUCAAGUGCCAGUGAAACAGCAGAAUCAUCCUAGACCUGCAUUUACUUUUAUAAUUAAAACUUUUCAGCAAUAGUGUUGAGAACUGGUUCCAAAGAACAGUCUGUGAUUGUGUUGGGUAUAUCAUUUGGUACAGUUACUUGCCCCAAACUACAGACUUUGCUGGUUAUAAGUCUCACUCCAGAUGUUCCUGCUCAUUGUGCUUAUAGUAAUUUAAAGCUGUAAGAAAUGUCAAAGUGUUUUCUUUAGCAAACCGAAGUAAGUCUUCCAGCACUAAUAUUAGGACCUAUACGCAGGUAGCCUAUAGUCAAAGGAUGUCAGUACUUUGGAAUAAUUAGUCCCCAGGAAGCAAUAUUGUUGACUGAUUUCAAAGACAACGUAUUUUAUGUGUGUUUUAUAUAUUAUAUAAGUAAAUAUUUGCUGUAAAAAUAAUAAGCCACUUUGGCAAAUUUUACUUUAAGAAUUAAAAUUAAUGUGUGGGAGGUGUACAGAAAAUACAUGGAUUUUUUUUUAAUUGUUUAUAACUGAAAACCUUUGCAUGGAGGUUCACAAAUGGGUUCCUUUUUAAAUUGUCUAAUUUCUUUUGGAAUGGAACCAAGUAACUGGACCUUCUGUGUUGGGUUCACUGUUUAAAACUGUUACUCCUCUGUACUUGAAAACAUUUAAGCCUCAGCUUGCUUCACUUCUUAAGUCUUAAUAGUGUAUAUUUUUGUUUUAAUAUUGAUGAGUUGUUUUAGAUUUUUGUCUGUAUCUUGAUAGGAAGAAGUGAAGAGGAAAAAUUUAUUCCAUAGCUGUUUAAAGAAGCAGCACACUGAAGUCACUGUAUGGACGGUGCUUUUCUGUGGAGUGGGAUCAUUUUUCUUUUUUUCCCUUUCUUUCAGUACAUCUCAAGCAACGUAAUAUUAUAAGUAGGAAAUUGGGGUAUAGACGUAUCCAUUUGCAUCUCCAGUUAGUGCAACAAAAUCGUCUCAGUUGGAUAUAAAAUCUCUACAUAGCUUUAGAAAUCUCAUGAUCAUAGAUUUUAAAGAUUACUCCUGUCAUGUAGGUUACUAAUCUGAACUGGAUCAUUGCACGAUGUACCUGUAGGUUUUUGGAUUUGAGGGAUGGAUGUUUCAUACUACAGGUCACUUGUGUAACACUACAAGAUGUAGUUUAAGUAUGCUAUAGAAUAAAGGAGCAAACAUCAGUUGGCAGUUUUCUCAACUCCUGUGAUUCUGUCUCCGAAACUCAGUGUUGUACGUUUGUGUCUCUAUUCACACUGUUGAUAGUUAUUGGGAAUCCUUUUCAGACUUGGAGUGCAAUUCCUUUGGGGGUAAAAAUUCUUAUUUUUCCUAGAUGCGUAACAGUUGAUUGUUUUGACACACUUAGUAGUCAGUUUGCACAGGUCACUUGGGAUUUUCAGUAGUUUUUCUUUUAUUUUUGUAGAUCUGGGUUUCUAAUUCUAAGAACACACUGACAUGAUGCACUUUCUGUAAGAAGCCUAGACAUGAAUAAAUGUCAUUGAUGUACACUUUGCAUCUUGCAUCUUGAAAUGUUUUGCUUUCAACUAGCAAAACCCAUAGGGAAAAGGUAACUUGUACUUUCCUAUUUCUUGUAGCACUAAUACUUUCCUUCUCAUUUUGUAGCACUGAGAUUAUUCAGGAUAUUUUUGCUCCCUACAACUUUGACCAUCUAGCCCUGCCUGAUCCUUGGUUUGUUUGUUCUAGUCUCUUCCUCAGCACUAGAGUGGAACUUCUUUCCAUGAGGAAUUAGUUUUUUUGUUUGUUCCAUUUAUUUAUACACUAGUGGGUGGUUAAUGUCAAGCACUAGAUGUCCAUCAGUUGCAUGAAUUCUUCCAUGUGAUUCAGCUAUGGCUCAUUUACAACAACUUGCUUCUUUUUCUCAGCCAUGGCCAAUCACUAGUCGAGUGUUACUUUGGCUUGCCAAAUGCUGUAAUAAUAACUAUUAUUUCCAAUUUUCUUCUGAUUAGCACUGUGAGAUUAUCUACUGGCAGGAAGUAGCAGCCUCUUCAUGGAAACAUCACUUUAAACUUGUAGCAGACAAUUUUGCUUUAAAAAAAAUAAAUUUCACAUUUUGGAAAAUGCUGUAAAGUGCUGCUUUGAACGUUUGUAACACACACAUGAAAAUAUUAGUCUCUUUUUUUCUUUUUCACUGAAUUUGGAAAGGAGGUUAUCACAACUGAAGACUGUUGGUUGCUAUCUUAUGGUUUAAGACUUGUAUGCAAUGCAGACUACUGUGUCUGAAGUGUAAAGUGUUGGUGACACUCUAGAAUCAAACAUUUUUAGCUGUAGUAUUUUCAGGUCUUCAAUUUGUAAUUUCACUCUGAUAAUAUGUUGUGGUAUUUUUGGAUCAUGUAACAAUCUGAGACUAUGUCUAGAACUGAAGGAAUGGGAUGAGGGGAUGAUAUCCAAUCCUUUAUACACUAGGCCUAACAAAGCAAACUUCACACAUCACAUAUGUCACAAGUUCUUUAUACAUAUUUUUGUUGGCAAAAAAUGUAAUCAUAAAAUGUUAUUAAAAAUUUAUUAAAAAUUUCCCCAAACAAAGGUGUAGAAGUCACAGCUAGAAAAAUCCUAGUUAAAUGCAUAGAUGCAGCAGAAGUAUUCAUGCCCUUUCAUUGUAUCGUGUUUGUACACCAGUCACCUCUGAAGAAUGGAUCUCUCUCUGCUCAGUGGCUCACAGGCCUUACAGUGGAGUCAAACCAAAAAGUCAUACUGCAAAAAACAUGCCAGUUAUCCUAACAAAGUGUGGAAAUUGACUUUAAAAUGUAAAAUAAUGUGAUGGGAAUGAAAGUACAGUGCUUGUACUUAAGCAUUCUACUUUCACUGAAAAAGAAAGUAUGGGUUGGGUUGCUUAAGUUCUGCUCCUUCAGGGAUUGUUGAAGCCUCUCCCCCACUCCUGGAUGUAUCACCAUGCCUGUAGGAAUUUAAUAUUCUACUUGAACACUCAUAGCAGCUCCCACCCUGAGGUGUAGAAGGAAGGGUGUGCAAGGCUAAACAAGAGAUGGCAAUAGCAAAUAGCGAUCCAGGGUUUCUUCACUUCUUUGGAAUAUGAAAGUGGAAAAUAUGCUUUCAGAUGUCUCUUUUAAUUAUAUAUUCCUUAAAUGAUUUUGUUGUCAUGAAUCUUGGAAGCUAAAAUGAAAAUGGUGCUUUGCCACACUGGAGUACAUUACUACCUUCCAUCUUUUGCCUCCAAAAUAGGGUCUAUAUUAAAUCAGCAAAUGCUGAUUUAGCAACCCUUUUAAAGCAAAACCUGAACGUUUCCAGGACUUAGCCAUUUCCUCCACUGUAGUGCGAUCCUGGAGUUGGUGUAUUUAAGUAGGGGAAGCCCCCCACUUUCCCUGCUAUUCCGGGUCUUCGGGAUUUUCAGGUUUCGGUUUUAUAGGGUCGAUAAAUCAGCGUUGGCUAUUUUAAGCAUUCGCUGAUUUAAUAUAGACCCCCAAAAAUAUGCAUUUUGUAUGUUUAGUAAUACCUGUACAAUCCUAAUCUUCUGUUAUCAAACGGAAUAUCUUUAACCAGAAUGGCACUCACUACAGUUGGUUACUCAUAUGUAUUAUUUAAUUUUCUGGUUGUUGGAACGAGGUGUGUUAUGAAAGAUGUGAUGCACUGCUCUACUGAGAGUUUACUCUUCGGAUAACUUUGGGAGGGUAGAGGUGUCUGUACCAGUCAUGCCAAAAAAAGACAGUUACAGUGAUUAAGCUGGAAAAAAAUUAGAUGGAAAUACAUGAAUGCAGCCUACAGUCAUAUUUACAAGUCUGCCAACAGUAAUUCUAGCAGUGUGACUUUAAAAUGGCAACAUUUGUAAAAUAAGUUCAGUUUUCUGCAAUAAUUGCUUAAAGUGCACCUUAUUUUUGAUGUGUGUUUUAACAAUGGCUUUUCCUUUUUGUAAGCAACACCAGUGCAUUUAUUUAGACAUUCCUUGUUUUAAUUCUGUUGAAUGUGUGGCUUAAACUGUAAAACAGAAAUUUGCUUUUCAGUACAUAAAACCAGUAUAUGCUUUUGUUUUCAAAAAUGCAGUUUAAAAAUGAUGGCUUCAUCCUAUACAAAGCUGAGAUAUAAAGACCUGACUUUAACAAAACACUAUAAAUGUAAAAUUUUGUGUUUUUAAUGUGUCUUACUAUGUUUAUAUGUAACAGAUAAAUAUUUUAUGCUUCCCAGGACCACAGAGCACUCUAGACAUUAUGCAGUACACUCCAAUUUUGUUGUAUGCAUUUGAAAUCAUUAUCUUUUGUUGCAUUUAAAAUGCUAAUGGCUCAUUUUCGUGCACAGUUGGUGGUUGAGUCACUGUGCCUUUCAAUUAUUUUAUUCAAGUGCAUUAUGUACAUGUAAGCAUUUGCCUCAAAUAAAAGUCUAUCUUCAA